AUGGACUCGUCUGUUCUGGAGGAGGCUUCAAAUGGUGGUUCCUGUGAUCCUCUGUUUCAUGAAAUCUUAAAAUUUAUCAGCUACGAUAGGAAAAAGGUUGCCGAGCGAGUUCGAUCUUCUCCUCCUUUUACUCGUUGGUGUCUACGUGGCAUUAGUGAUGGUCAAGGUUUGAAUCUUCCUUUUGAACUACAGCUCGAUGAUAAAAUUCGUGUUACCAUUUGA